AUGAUGCCUGCUGAAACUCGAGGUUUGUUUUGAAGUCAGCGGAAUAUCUUGUCCUCAUCAAUAUUAUUUUAGGAAGCUGGAGCAAUUACUACAAAGAUUAUUGUUAUAUUCAAGACAAGUAUAGAGUUUUGGAGAAAUCAUGGCACUCUAUGACGUAACCAAACAUAAUUUUCUGACUUUUUACAAAAAUUUCAGGCAUAAAAAUUCAGCUGAUCCUAAUGACAACCCCAUCGAAAUCCCUGAUUUUGCGAAAAGAAGCCUUAUGGAGAAAAUUACAAGCGUUCGCUCAAGCAAUACUUACAGUUCAGACAAUAAAGUUGCUUAUUAUCCAGUGAGUUCAUGACAGAUUUCUUUCAAACAUAAAAUGCAGUGGAUACCCUACAUUCUCUUUGUGCAAGCUGUUAUUUUCCUUAUGCCACGACUGUUCUGGAAGUUUUUUGGACUUGGAUUUUGCAACGGUAUUUUCGAUUUAUUGGACUUGUCGAAGUUUUAUAUCAAGGCCUUGACAUGGCUACGGUCCUGAAAGAAUCUGAAAGACUUUCCGAACUCUCUGGAGCAGAUCGUGAACAAGCUCUGAAUGUCGUCGUCAAGUAUAUCGACGACUGGCUCAAGCUUAAGCAACGGUGAGUAAUAAAAAAUUGCGCAUAUGUAUAUGAAGUUUCAGUUCUUGGUUUGGCUCGUCUUCUACUUUUCUCGCUUACAUUCUCAUGAAGUGGAUGUGUGUGUCCAAUAUCUUUCUCCAGUUCUGCGCGCUUGGAUAUUUCAUCGGAAAAGGCAAUAUUUUCUGGGGAUUCGAGGUUUGGUGAUCCUUUUUCAAGUAAUUUUUUUUUCUAAAAUUUUUUAUUGAAAUUUAAAAAACGAAAAAAGUUUGAUGGUAAAACUUUUGAGGAGUAAGCCAUGUUUUGAAUUAUUUGAGAAACUGCUGAGAUUCCUUUCCUGUUUUUUUCUGCCGUUUUUUUCACUGUACCCCCAUGGCGCUUAAAAAAAUAAUUAAUUUUGUUUUUUUAAAUACCAAUUGGUGUCUAGGGCUGUUUAGCAAAGAAGUUCAAACCAGAUCUUCGAUGUUCACCUGACACUUCCUUCGUCAGAAGAACAUCCACAUUAAAAAUAUGUUAUCAAAGAAUUAAAAAAAGCUGAAAAAAACAGCCUUCGGGCGGUGAAAAAAAAAAUUCUUCAGAAAAUGUAGAAAGUUAUUCACUAUGAAGAAACUUUUUUGAGAUACUCAUACAGGAAUGGCAAAAACGAGAAUAUUCGUUAAAAAAAUUCAUCCAUCAUUUUCUCUAAACCGUUUACCAAUAUCAUGUAUAGUUUCAAUGGUUUUUCAAAUUUUUUCGAUAAGUCUCCUGUUUUUUCCCUUGUAGACUGUGAAUUUUCGGGCCUUUUUUUCAGUUGUUUAACACACUUCUACGCGAGUUCGAUUGCCCAUAUACGGGAUAUUUUCCCAGAAUUGUUAUGUGUACACUUGAAAAGUUGGUAGGUUGAAUCAAAUUGUCAUAUGAUCUUUCAUGUUUGAUUCAGGACAUGGCAAAUGUACAGCCAACCUAUUUCCAAUGUUUGCUGGUACUGAACGCGGUCAACGAGAAGUUGUUUCUUUUCUUGUUUUUUUGGCUGAUUGUGGUUGGCAUAAUCGCUGUUUUCUCGGCAAUGAGGCACACUCUGCUCUUUUUUGUCACCCCCUAUCGCCGAUUUUACACGGACUCCUUAUUACCGGUAAGACGUGUUCUGUUCUAGUUAUUAUUCCAAAAAAGCGGUUUUCUUAAUUUUCUGUUGGUGUUAAUUAACUAAAACUGUUAUGCAUUGGUUCAUACAACUUUAUACAGACUCAAGAAAUUCUGUUGACUUCCGCUGCUUCCGUUGAGUACUUUCCCUCCGGCUCUGCUACAAAUCGCCAACUUCUCGAAUUUUUUAUUGAUUACUUGGGGUUUUUUUUUGACUUAAAAUUUUAUAAAACAAUUUUCAAACAGCUGCGAUGGAAUGAUCUUGCUUAUCUUCAUUGCGAACAGUGCCAAUUCUUUGAUGACUUUCGAGAUUGCGAAAAAGCUUUGGAAUACUUCCGUUCAGCCUUCCGAGUGAGUCUCAACUACACUUUUCAGAACCAAUAAUGUUUGAGAAUUUCCAAUGACAUCAGCCAUAGUGAAUCCGGAAGGAGGUUUUCGGGUUCACUCGACCCUCAGGCACCCAAUGGAAAGCACUAUCACACUCGUAAAAGGUUUUUUUUUUCUUGUUUUCGCGAUGUAAUUGAAAUAAGUCUCAACACGAAGAAACAUGAUUCACAAUUUACAACUUCUUAUUUGGCAUCAAAAAAUCUUUUUUUUUCUAAUGACUUAUGGAUUUACGAGCAUCUGCACAAUUGAGGAAAAAAAGAGCAUUUUUAAAGAUUUUAUUUUUCACAUUAACCUAAUCCACGCAUGCGGCCUCCCAAUGAAGGUAAUAUGAAUUGGUGUAAAGUAAGAAUUUUUUGGAGAUGUAAAAUUUUCAUUUUUUCGAGGUAUUGAUUUCAAGACUGAUAUUGUGUUAAAAGUAAACUUUGAAAAAUUCUCUUUCAAAAAUGCUUCAUCAUAGGGAUUUUCUCUAAUAGAAACUAUACCAUAAGCACAGUUUUUUUUCCUCCUUCACCUCGUUUUUCUCUCCAAGGAAGGUAAUUUUAGUGUGCAAUUCGAAAAGUUUGUCAGAAUUCGCCUUAAAGAUCUCUGUCUAAAAAACCUUCAAACUUAUCCGUGUGAAAUUUUCUUCUUCAAGCAAUUAGUUUUCAAAGUUGCGCAUUUGUUAAAUCCAAACUUCUCAAAACACACAUAAAUCCGUUCAGACAUAGCAUUAAUUUUAAUUAUUUUCCUAGACUUGGAGAUAACGAGGAACGCGCUCCCCUUGUGACUCCUGUUCGAACCCGUGAUCUAUCUGCGAGCUCAUCGGUGAGUUUGAAUCGGGUAUUGGGGUAAAAAGAAAGUUGGUUGAAGGCUGCCGCAUCGGGAGAUUUGCCGCCGACUGCCUCCCACAACCUCGGAUUCCACCAUACUCCUUCCACUCGCGGUCUUUUUCAACCCGAGCCCAAUAAGUACGGUUUCUGAAAAAUUUGGUUCAAGUUCAAUCAUCUCCGCCUUGACAUAUCUUACAAAAAAAGAGAAAUGUAACAAAAAAAUACUUUUUUUUUUUUUUUUUCUCGUCGUCAAAAGGUUAUAUUUCUAUAUUUCAGAGGUUAA